CAGUUUUUUCUUACUGUGUGUUUCCUGUUUCCUGCAGACGUCCAGCAGCUGGUGGUGGUUAAAGAAGAGGUUCCCCCUGAGCAGCAGGAGUGGAGCUCCAGUCUGGACCAGGAGGACCCAGAACCCCCCCCACACAUUAAAGAGGAGCAGGACGAACUCUGGAUCAGUCAGGAGGGAGAGCAGCUUCAAGGGCUGGAGGAGGCUGAUAUCACCGAGUUCACAUUCACUCCUGUCCCUGUGAAGAGUGAAGAUGAUGAAGAGAAACCUCAGUCCUCUCAGCUUCAUCAAAGACAAACGGAACACCUGGAAACAGAAGGUGAUGGAGAGGACUGUGGAGGACCAGAACCAGCCAGGAACUCAGAUCCAGAGAGACAUUUACAACCAGAGACUGAGGACAACCCUGGAGACUCUUCUGAACCUGACACUGAAGACAGGGCUGAUUGGAAGAAGACCAGAGAACCAAGUUCAAACUCUCAGAGAAAUAAACAAGACCCUGUCAGUGAUUCAAGACGUAGUGCAGGAGAGAAACCAUUCAGCUGCUCAGUCUGUAAGAAAACUUUUACACAUAGAAGAAGUUUAAAGCACCACAUGAGAAACCACACAGGAGAGAAACCAUACAGCUGCUCAUUUUGUAAGAAAUAUUUUACACAGAGAGGCGAUUUAAAUAGACACAUGAGAGUCCACACCGGAGAGAAACCAUACAGCUGCAGUGUUUGUGAAAAAAGAUUCACACAGAGCUAUCUGGUCAAAACCCAUAAGUGUGUUUGUCGUCAGUCCUCACAGCUUCAUCAAACUCAAACUGAGGAGAACAGAGAGGCUGAGCCUCCAGCCAGCAGCUCAGCUGAACACAUGGAAACAGAAGCUGAUGACUCUUCUGAACCUGACAAUGAAGACAGGGCUGAUUGGAAGAAGACUAGAGAACCAGGUUCAAACUUUCAGAGAGAUAAACAAGACCCUGUCAGUGAUUCAAGAUGUAGUGGAGGAGAGAAACCAUUCAGCUGCUCAGUCUGUGAGAAAACAUUUGCAUGGAAAGGAUAUUUAAAUCUGCACAUGAGAAUCCACACAGGAGAGAAACCAUACAUCUGCUCAAUUUGUAAGAAAUCUUUUGCAGUGAGAGGAAGUUUAAAGUGCCACAUUAGAAUUCACACAGGAGAGAAACCAUACAGCUGCAGUGUUUGCGACAAACGAUUCACAUGGAGUCAUAAGAUCAAAAGCCAUAAGUGUGUUGGUCGUCAGUCCUCACAGCUUCAUCAAACUCAAAGUGAGGAGAACAGAGAUGCAGAGCCUCCAGCCAGCCGCUCAGCUGAACACAUGGAAACAGAAGCUGUUGGAGAGGACUCUGGAGGAACAGAACCAGCCAGGAACUCAGAUCCAGAGAGACAUUUACAACCAGAGACUGAGGACAACCCUGGAGAAUCUGCAUGUGCAACAAAAAAAGAGGACAAUUAAUUUAUUAGACCUAUGACAAUUCACAAGAGAAAAAUCUGUCUGGUUGUAUAAACUCUGUUUGACAAUAUUCAUACAUGAACUCCCACAUACAUCCUUGCAUAUAUAGUCCAUCUUUAUCAACAGAUGUUUUUAAUAUGAUUAAUGUUUUUGUCAUACUACUUUUCUGAUUUAUACUAUAACCACUUGAUUUUGGUUAAUGAAAUGUUGUGACUUUAAACUUCCAUUGGGAUGUUUUUGAUAGUUCCUGUUGAGUUAUCAGUUUGUUCUGGUCUAAAAGAAGAACCAAUGACUUAUUAAUAUAGAGAAUAUUUACGAUGUUUGUACUUUUAUUCUGUUCUGUUUAUAUCAUCCAACCGAACUAAAAGAAAAAUGCCUUGGAAACAGACUCACAUUCCUGCAUAUUGUUUGUGUUUUGCAGCAGAUUACAAUCAGCUCAUUUAGAGUUCAGAGUUAAGAUGGAAUUUUAGGAUUAUUCCUUAAGUCCUUUCACCUCCGUUGAAUCAGGUUGGAAGCAGAAAU